AUGGCAAAUCAACCACUUGAGGUUUUCAACCCCAUUGGUCAACAUAAUGAGGGGUCAAGUGGGAGAGGAAGAAGAGGGGGAAAUAGAGGGUGGUAUCCAAUUGAUGGUAGAGAAUAUAAUAGAAGGAAUGAUUAUGAAGAUCGAGGAUUCAACAACAUCAAGGUUACUCUUCCAUUAUUCAAAGGAAGUAGUGAUCCGAAUGAAUAUGUUGAUGGGAUUGUGAAACUUAAAAGGCAAUAUAAUCUCAACAAUGUGAGUGAUGUUAAAAAGGUGAAUUAUGCUAUAAGUCACCUUGAGGGUUUUGCUUCUACAUGGUGGGAUAAAAUUGAAAGAGAUGCUCUGUUGAAUAGAAACUUUGUUACAAGUUGGCAUGACAUAAAAAGGCAAAUGAGAAAAAGGUUUGUGGGUCAAGAUUAUGAGCAAAAUACACUCAAAAAGUAUUAUAAUCUUCAACAAGGAAGUAAGAGUGUGGAAGAGUAUUAUGAGGAACUAAAGCAUACUAGGCUUCGAGCUAAUGUCAAUGAUGAAGAGGUGAAGCUUGUGGCAAGAUUUAUCUUGGGCUUAAAUAAAGAGAAAUCAUCUCCCACUUGGGACAAAUCCAAAGGUGCAAAGCAAGAAUUGAAGUCUAACUUUGACAAAGGCAAAUCAAAGGAGGACUACACGGAUGGAGGUAACAAAUCUAAACUUGAAACUCCAUCUAAAAUAAAGUGUUUUAAAUGUCAAGGAUAUGGUCAUAAAGAAAAUGAAUAUCCUAAUAGAAGAACUAUCAUUGCAUUGAAUGAUGAUGGUUAUCAAACCAAAGAUAAAUCUAAAGAAGGACACAUAGAGGAUGAUAGUAGUGAUGAGUUUAUGGGAGAAGGUGAUGGAGAAGAAAUUAAUGAUGAUGGAAAACUUGUUCUUGUUGUGAGGAGAAGUAUGAGUGCUCUAGCAAGGGAAGAUAUUGAUCAAAGAGAGAACUUGUUUCAUAAUUGGUGUAGAGUGCAAGAGCAAUUAUGUUUCUUUAUCAUUGAUAGUGGAAGUUGUGUCAAUGUUGCUAGUGUCUCUAUGGUAGAACAAUUGAAACUUCCAAUAAGAAGGCAUCCAAAACCUUAUAGAUUACAAUGUCUCAAUGAAUGUGGUGAACUCAAGGAUUAUGAAGAUCUAUUUUCGGAAGAAAUACUAAGUGGGUUGCCUCCUUUGAGAGGAAUAGAGCAUGAAAUUGACUUUUUGCCGAGUUCUCAAAUACCCAACAAAGCGGCUUAUAGGAGCAAUCCUCAAGAGACCAAAGAAUUGCAAAGACAAGUGGAAGAACUUGUGAAUAAAGGUUUGGUGAGAGAAAGUUUAAGUCCAUGUGCGGUGUCUGUAAUUCUAGUUCCCAAGAAAGAUGGGACAUGGAGGAAUUCAAGAGGAGUUGAGGUGGAUGAUGAAAAGGUAGAGGCUAUUAGAAGUUGGCCAACUCCUACGUCCAUUAGUGAUGUUAGAAGCUUCUAUGGGUUGGCAAGUUUCUAUAGGAGAUUUGUGAAGCGUUUUAGUUCUUUAGCCGCUCCUCUAACUGAGGUCAUUAAGAAGGAUAAGCCUUUCAUUUGGGGUAGAAAACAAGAGGAAGCCUUUAGAAUCUUGAAAUAG